AUGUUAAUUAUAUAUUAUUUAAACGAUACGGAAUACAGCCGCUUGCCCCCCAUCUACCACGUUGACAACUACACCGAAUGCCUGCGACGACCCGAUGACGUGUACUGUACAGUCAACUUCGACCUGGUGUCAGAUGACCAGAGUGAACUGCUCGAAUUGAUCCAGGAGUAUUCGGAAAGAAAAAUAACACAUUUCAAUCACUCAAAAAUACGACACAGCGUCUGUGUAACUCAGAAUUGUCAACCGUAUAUACGAAAUAAAACUGCAGUAACAGCGGAGCUCCUCGAGGGAUGCCUGAACGGUACUAUUUGGAAGGACUACAAUCUGAAGACGAAAGUGGAAAACCAUUACUGUCACACCCUUUCUGACAAUAAUUUAGAAGUAGAUACUAGUGAUAUAGUAGUAGCAUUAGUGCUACUUGCAAUACUUCUACUUAAUAUAAUCGGAAGCAUAAAUGACAUGAAAUGUAUGCCAAAUAGUAAAGAAGAAAGAAGUCUAUUGUCAUGUUUUUCAAUAAGCAGAAAUUGGAAGAAUCUCGUAAAACACGCAGAUUACAAAGAUCCACGAUUAGAAAGAUUGAAAGGGAUAAAUAUCUGGAGGUGCAUAAUUUUGGUGGGCGUUGUCAUGGUUCACUGCACGUGGCCCUUCCUCAUAGCUGUCGACAACCCCUACAGCAUAGAAAUGAGCUUCUACGACUUGUCUCAGCAUGUGAUAAUCAAUGGCUCGAUAGCGCUGCAAGCGUACCUGGUGAUAUCGGGUUUCCUGCUGUCGUACAAGAUGCAGCUGUACUCGGAGGAGAAGCGUCUCAGCUGGCGCAUGGUACCGAAUGGAAUCCUCAUGAGAUAUUUAAGACUUACUCCUGUUUACGCGGUGACGAUAGCUUUGGUGGCCACAUGGAUGAAAUUCGCCGGAAAUGGGCCUUUUUGGGAAGUAUCAGGAGGCUUAGUGAGAUCUCUUUGCCGAAGUCGCUGGUGGGAAAAUCUGCUCUACAUUAACAAUUACUUUUACAAUUCUCAAUGCGUUGCCGUGGCAUGGUAUGUGGGAGUGGACAUGCAUAUGUUCGUGCUCGGCAUCAUCACGUGCGUGGCUGUGAGAAGCCAGGGGUGUCGUCGGGCCGCAGUCCUGGUAACUCUCUUUAUCCUCGGUGUGGUCAUACCAGGCGUCCACAUCUACGUGCGAGAUCUCUACCCUAUUAUGAUUAUGGAACCCCAUGAAACCCGUACAUUAUUUGAGAAUGAUCCGACUGUCAACGAGGUGUACAAAAUGAGCCACAACAACAUUGUGAGCUACGUCGUGGGCAUGGCGCUUGGCUACCUCGUGUACAGGCUCCAGCAGCUCGACAUUGACAUCAACAAGUAUAAAAAAUACCGUUUAAUUUAUUGGAGCCUGCUGCCACUGCUUAUCGUCAUCAUAUUAUCCGGCCGCAUGUUCUACAGAGAUGGCCCCAAGGAGCCUAUCUACGUGCGAGUGAUCUACGGCGCUCUCGUUAAACCAAUCUUCGCCCUCUCCUUCGCAGGCCUCUUCUGUGGAACGAUCUUUAAAUUGGUAAAUGUCUACAGGAGUGUAUUCGAAUGGAGGAUCUGGACGACUCCGGCUCGGCUGAGCUACUGCGUGUACAUCAUCCACCUGCCCUUCCUGAGAUUAUUCAUCUCUUUGAGAACCACACUAUUGACGCACUCGUCAUUAAACCAGUUAUUAAUGCUGUUCGGCGUCACCGCUGUCUCGUUCAUCGCCGCAGUGCCGCUGUUGGUGGAGGCGCCGUUCGUCGAGCUCACCAAGUACUGGAGCUCACGAGAGAACUUGCUGAAAAACCUGUCGAAUACACUAACGGCACUCAGCAGAAGCUAG